CAGCAGUCUUAUCUGUGGGCCGCCCACAGCAGGGGCCGACGGGAGCUUUGAGGAGCCGUUAGAAAGCACGUGGCCCUCGUCUGAUCUGGCAGCUCGUCCUCGUUUGGCCUCGGCUGCAUCAGAGCGCCACUUCUCCCCAGGUUCACCAGAGGAAACACCACUGCACACAAUGCUUUUCCUCCCAGCUGCUGCUCUGUGCUGUCUGUGUUCAGCACUGCUUACCAUGGCAGCAGAACAGCUGAUUCAGGACGAUUUAACAUUGACCAGGAGAGUUGGAGACAAAGUCUCCUUCAGCUGUGGAGGGACUGAACAGUGUGCUGACAGCUAUAUACGCUGGUACCAGAAGAAAGAAACAUUCAGAGUGAUUUUUGAUAUUGAUAAGACUAAUGGUAACAUAGACAGAAGUUACUCUUCUCAUCCUCAACUCAAUGACUUCUCUUCUGUAAAUACAAAUAAAGGCUGGGAGUUAGAGAUUAAGCAAAUUAAACUCAAUCAUUCAGCCACCUACUACUGCUCCUGUGUGAAGAUUGGAUACUACUACCUCAUCUUUGGCUCUGGAACCAAACUGAGUGUAACAGAUGAGCAGGUAGUGAAGCCCGUGGUGAGCGUGUACCCAGCAGCAUCCAGAGCCCACCUGGAGGGGAGCAGCUCCCUGCUGUGUGUGGCCUCAGCCAUGUUUCCUCCUCUGGUCCAGUUCUCCUGGAAAAGACAGAAGAAGAACGGCGGGCUGGAGGAGCUGCCCCCUGCUGAGGGAGAGCAGCUGGAGCUCAGAGAGUCGGGACGCAGCGCCUCCAUCUUACUGAUCCCUCAGAACAGCACAUGGAAAUACAGCUGCUCCGUCAAGCACGAGGGGGGCACAGUGGAGGCCCAAACACAAGAAGAGCUUCCAGCUCCAGCAGCCUCCUGUCCUCCAGAGAGAGAGCCAGCAGACCUGCCAGCUCUGCAGCCAGCUGACUGGUCCUUCCAGUCCCAAUGCAGGGUGAAGCUGCUCUGCCUGCUGUCCACAGUGCUGAUAGUGAAGAGUCUGGUGUACUGCUGUGGACUCUCUCUGCUGAUGAUCCUCAGAAACAAGGGAGCGUCCACCAACUGCACACAUGCUGACUGACUGUUUUCUGCUCGCCUUUUCUCACCAUCAAAUCUCAUCCAUUCAUCUCAUUCAUCACUUUGAUCACCAUUCACACAUCUGAGUUAUGCUGUGUUGUGCUUAUUGUUGCUUUGAUUCCAUAGUUAGAAGAUCAUCUGAAAUCAAUCAUCUUUACAUGUAUUGUUGCUCUGAGUUAGAAUUCUUUUUGGACUUAUUGUGACUUUUAUUGUAGGAACAAAAAUCAUCAGGUAUCAGCCAUAUUUUUAUCAUCAGUUUCUCUUUGA